UCCAACUGAACUGACUGCGUUCAAUAUGGAGUCCACUAAAUAGCUUGAAUUUAACUGCACUAUACUUCUCCAAUACAUAUUUCUUGUGGGCCCGGCGUCCAAUGAAGUGUCGUCUGUGAAAGUCAACUUUUAGGACUCUACCGCACAGAAGUCAUUACACUGCCGGUGUCAGAGGACGACUUCACUACGUCAUUUUCCGCUAAAGUAACAACUAGUGACGAACGGCGGGGUUAGUGGGUGAAAGGUGAUAUUUCUGCAGCCUGCUCACUCGUAGAAUGCACAAUGCAGCAAGUGUCUCGGGCUCUUUGGGGUCUGUGGGACUGUUACGUUUCUUCGGGGUGUCCUGGUCCUGGAGUCUAGCUACAGGAUUUGGGGUGUAUCUGGCCAUAAGAGGCUGGAAAUUCAUAUAUAUUGCUGCUCGCACCGCCAAGAGAGACCUCAACGGCCUCUACAUCCUGUUCAGAGUGAAGCUGGCCUUAUGGCGUUACAUACGAAAUGGAAGCAACAUUCCAUCCAUCUUUGCUCAGACAGUUAAACGUUACCCAAAUAAACCAGCCCUCAUCUAUGAGGCAACAGGAGAAACCUGGACCUUCAUGCAGCUGGACCAGCUUUCAAAUGCAGUGGCCCACUGGGCCCGAGGUCAGGGUUGGGUGUCUGGGGAUGUGGUAGCCAUCUUCAUGGAGAGCAGACCACUACAGGUGGCACUCUGGCUGGGAUUUGCCAAGGUUGGGGUAGAGGCAGCACUUAUCAACUUCAACCUACGCCAGGAUUCUUUACUGCACUGUGUUGGUGUGUCAGAAUCACGAGCAAUUGUGUUUGGAGCUGAGCUCGCUGAUGCCCUGUUGGAAGUCCGCUCCUCACUCCCCCAGUCUAUGGUACGGUUCUGUACAGGAGAACUUGGUGCUGAGCAGAUGAUUGCUUUGAGUGCUCAUCCACUGGAUCCUAUUUUGGCUGUUACAUCCAGAUAUGCCCCUUCACCUUGCGUUCCCAGCAAAGGCAUGAGCGACCGCCUGUUUUAUAUAUACACCUCUGGAACCACAGGACUGCCCAAGGCUGCCAUCGUGAUACACAGCCGCUACUACAGAAUUGCUGCUUUUGGGUUUCUUUCCUUUCGCCUACGCACUGAUGACAUUAUUUAUGACUGUCUGCCGCUCUAUCACUCAGCAGGUAAUAUCAUGGGGGUUGGACAGUGUCUCCUCCACGGCCUCACAGUGGUAGUUAAAAAGAAGUUUUCUGCUAGCCGGUUUUGGGAAGAUUGUAUCAAAUACAACUGCACUGUGGUGCAAUAUAUCGGUGAAAUCUGCCGCUACCUUCUCUCUCAACCUGUGCGGCCACAGGAGAAAGGCCACAAAGUUAGAGUGGCAGUAGGAAAUGGGUUGCGGCCCAGUGUGUGGGAGGCUUUCACAGAACGGUUUGGCGUCGCACAGAUUGGCGAGUUUUAUGGAGCGACAGAGUGCAACUGUGGCAUGGCCAACACAGAUGGAAAGGUCGGAGCCUGUGGAUUCAACAGCCGUAUUCUCCCUAAUGUUUACCCCAUUCGCCUGGUCAGAGUGAACGAGGACACGAUGGAGCUUAUUCGUGACAGCCGUGGUCUCUGCGUGCCUUGCCAACCUGGUGAACCAGGACUUCUGGUGGGACGUAUCAACCAGCAGGAUCCACUUCGGCGAUUUGAUGGUUAUGCCAAUCAGGAAGCAACAAGGAAGAAAAUAGCUCACAAUGUCUUCAAACUGAAUGACUCGGCAUACAUAUCAGGUGAUGUUCUGGUGAUGGAUGAGCUGGGUUACAUGUACUUUCGGGAUCGGAGCGGAGACACUUUCCGCUGGCGAGGGGAAAAUGUGUCCACCACUGAGGUGGAGGGGAUACUCAGCAAUCUCCUGGGUCAGACGGAUGUCGCAGUGUAUGGUGUGACAGUGCCAGGAGUGGAAGGAAAGGCCGGCAUGGCUGCCAUCGCAGACACAAAUGGAAGAUUCGACUGCAAUGACUUCUUGCAGAAAAUCCAACGAGCUCUUCCUCCAUAUGCUCGUCCUGUGUUCCUGAGAAUCUCCCCACAAGUAGACACCACAGGUACAUUUAAAAUUCAGAAAACCAGGCUGCAGAGGGAGGGAUAUGACCCACGUCUGACAUCUGACCAGAUCUACUUUUUGAACUCAAAAGCUCCACGUUAUGAGGCAAUAGAUGAGGAGCUGUACAAUGCUAUAGUGGAGGGAAGGAUAUCUCUAUGAAAUGGAGGAGAUAGGAAGUUGGCCAGGAUGUCUUUAUGAGACCAGUGGUCCAGAGGGAGGAGGAACGUGCUGGCUUUAGUCAGUCAUGGCCCAACACCUGCCUGGUUAGGAAGUUGAAGAAUCAAAGCUGAGAGAACAAAUUAUACACAGUAAAUGGAGUUUUGUUACAGAUGAUGUUAUAACACUGUAUAGGUAACACACCAGGGUGAAAUUUGAGGGCAUUUAUUUCUCAUUUAUAACUCAUUUACACACAACCUCACAAAUCUUUUGAGCCUCGCUGCACUCAGGGUGGGCAUGACUUAGGAGCGUGAUACGAUCGUGUUUGUUAGGGCAGCACAGGUCGUAUCAUAUGAACUUUGUUACAGGGAACUAUUAAUGUUAAACAAAUGCUGCAAGAUUUAAUUCUGCGUAGGUGUAGGAAAAAUUGUAAUUUGAAUUUAGUUAGUUACUACCAUGUGUUUGACUCAAACUCUAAGACUGGAAGUUAACACAAAUUUACAUAUGGUAACUUCAUUAAACGCUAGCUAUACAACUGUUUUAUUACAAUGGAAAACUAGUCCCACUUGUCAGAUUCAAACACACCAGCAUGGGUUUGAAAACACACAUUAAACACGUGCCUUACAUUUGAAGAGUCAGCCUGUGUUUAUUUUUAAUGCUUUUACUAAAGAGUUGUAAUGAAAAUGUAAAUGCACAGUAGUGAAAAUGUGCCAUGCAAACUGUCUGUCUCUUAUUUUAGAUAGUACAUCACAUCAGUGUGGUGAUGUUUUAUGUUGUUUACAAUAUUUGAUCUGCCAGAUUUACUUGUUUUAACAGAUUAAAUAUUUUUAAAACA